AUGAACCAACCACAUCCCUCCUCCAACCUCACCUCUCCUCUCACUCAUUCCCAAGGCCAAGGCAAACACGACAAGUCCGACACCACAUCAUCCUCCUCCUCCUCCUCCUCCUCCUCCUCCUCCUCCAUAACCUCCACCUCCACUUCCACCUCCUCCACCUCCAUAGCCCAACUCAUCAAAGACAAACUCAAACUCCCGUCGAAAUCCAACAACAAGGAGGCAGAUGAGGCAAAGGCAGGGGCAGAGAAGCAGCUCUCACCGGGAGAAGCGCAAUCCGCAAAGCGAACCGCGAGGCUGGAUAAUGUCAAUCUGGCGACGCUGUGGGCUUUGAAGUGA